GCGAGUGAUCUGUCAAAGAAGCAGAAAGUAGCCAGAGCGUGCGAUAGCUGUCGAAGAAAGAAAACUCGUUGUGAUGGUGUUUUCCCUAACAAAUGCUCAAACUGCAAAGAUAACUGCACCUACAAUGAUACAGAGCCUAAAAAGAUGUACAAAGUGAGCUACGUCGAAGAACUAAAGGCGACACUUGCACAAUGCCAGGCGUUGUUAGAUAACAGUAGUGUAUCACACAAUACAGACGAUAGCCUCAAAAGGAAGCAUAGUAUAUCCACAUCUGAUAAUUCAAGAACUACGGACAUCAUUCCUAGCACAGACUAUUGCGAUUUAUAUGAUGAGGAAUUGGCUCGCAAUAUUAAUGGACUUUAUAUUCCUUCAGACGAUGUCAGAACGGGUAAUAGGAACUUCGGUAAAGCUUCAAUGAGAGGACUAUUCGAGAGGAUCACCUUUUAUACUGGAAUGGCCUCAGACGCCCUCACACACCAAAGAAGGUUCGAUUUUUGGGUAGAAGACUGGGAAAAGGAGCUUUCUUCAAAUUUAGACAGUCAUAAUACAGACUAUACAGAUGAAGAUUUCGGUAGCGAUGAGGUUCUCUAUCAUCUUGUCGACGUUUAUUUUAGGAUGGUCAACGUGACACUACCAUUGCUUAAUGAGACACGCUUCAAAGCAAACAUCCCGAGUCGGAAACUUGAGAAAGAAUUCGGAAGUGUCUUACUUAUGGUUUGUGCUUUAGGUGCUAUAUUUUCAGGCGACAAAAGCUUCGUCAUAGCGGAAAAGGAACAUCUGCAAUUUUUGGCAGGAUUCGACUAUUACAAGGUGGCAAGGAAGAAGAUGAAGGAUUUUUUUAUAACACCAGCUACCCUUGAGGAUGUCCAGGCGCUUAUCUUACUUCAAGUAUAUGUGGAUCAAGGUGUCCAUACAAAAAGUUCCUGGAUGAUCCAUGGUAUGUCAAUAUUGUUAGCUAGGAAUAUGGGCCUACAGCACUCAUUACUCAACAAGCAUAAGGAACCGCUUGAAGCUGAAGCUAGCAAGCGUGCAUUGUGGAUUGCAUACAUUAUAGAUAGGUCCCAUAGCUCAUGUUUUGGUAAACCACUACUCCUCAAGGAUGAGGAUAUUUAUUUAGAGUUACCUCAACCGUACGGCAACGAAGAUGCACAUGGUAAUAUGGGUGUGUUCUACAUGAGUGAGAUGAUCAAACUCUGCAAAAUUCAUGGUCAAGUAAUGCAGAAAGUUUACAAAUAUCGUAAAUCGAUCGAUUGUGAUGAUCAUGUUUUGACCAUGACCGAUAUUGCGUCUUUGCAUUCAAAAUUACACGCCUGGCUAGACCAAAUGCCUGAUUUUCUACACAUAUGCAAAGAUGACAAUGAGACAGAUUUCAUUAUGCAGCUGCGAAGUAACCUGCGCCUUGCUUAUUACACCAUUCAAAUAUUCAUGUAUAAACCUUUCCUCCCUAAUCCAACACUCAGAAACCCCUCAAAUUUCCAGUUCACCAGUCUUCUAAUUUGUGCGAAUGCAUCUAGGUCUAUCAUUGGUAACUGCAAGGAAGUUGUGCUCAAGAGAAAUCUCAACAAAAUUUACGUGGAUUCUAUGAUGGAUUGGGGUCCAUUCUGGGCUACUCUUAUUUUGAUUAUUAGAUGUUGUGAGAGUAGAAGACUCACAGGCCACGUGGAUAAGGAUGAUGUAUGUUACGUCAAGAGUGGUAUCUUGGUGCUCCGAGUGAAUGAAAGGAAAAAUGUACAAUAUGGAAGGGCGAUAGACGUUCUGUUACAAGUAUUAAAAGCAGUCAAGCUACCUGAUUGCGAAGACUUUAUUAGAAUGGAGGAAUACAUUUCAUACCAAAGCACAAAUGAGGUCAGACAUAAUUGCUUGUCGAAUAGAACCUUAUCUGCAGUCAAAAGUGAGGAUGCUAAUCAACAGGUGUUGGCAGAGCAAGAUUAUCAAUUAUUCGGUGAUAUGUUAGAGUACAUGCAGAAUACAGAUGCAAUGAAGGACAAUCUGUUUAGUGUUGACAAUCUAAACUUUAUGUCUGAUGCACCUAACAACCUUGUCAAUGAUUCCGAUUUCGACUGGUCAAAGAUCAUUAGCCCACUCCUAGAUAGCAACACUGAAAGUGGCACUGAUAGUGGUGUAUAGUUAAUCACAUGUUAUAUAAUAGAAGUUUGCAUGCAUAUCUUAUAUUGAUGGGAUUACAGUGAACGUAAUGACAAAUACGGUCAUUGUUUUGAUUGGACUGCAUUAUAAUAGUACGCUAAUAUUCCGUGAAAGCGGUAUGUCCAAAAUUAGCAGCAUGUUCUGUCGCUUGCUUUUCACCUUCGAGGGCGGCGCCACAAUCGCCACAUUUGAGCGUAAAAGUAGAAGUAUCAGUGUAGUACCUCCGUUCUCUCAAUUCACCGGCAAGCUGUUUGCAGGCUUCGAGUAGAGGAUCAGGGAAAUCAGAUGGUGCUUCGAAGGAAGGGAAAACUGUAGUGUGGAAUUCUGCAGAAGCAUUCUGUGAUGGCGACAAAGAGAGCGCAUCGUAGUGAAUACCUGAGUAUACGACAAAUAUUCUGUUCUCAUAUUCAGUGUUAUACUUGUCGAUCCUGCCUGUAGCUAUAUCCAAGCUAAUUAUUGAGAUUUUGAAAGCAUGUGAGAGAAUUGAAAGUUCAAUCGCGCCACCCCAGCUGUGUGGAUCGGCUAUGGUCUCUAUGUAUUGAUUUUGAGGGUGUCCGAGGAAUGUCUCAUUAUAUGUGAUUGGAUCGGAUUUUAUUGUUUCUGCGACGAUGCCUCGCAUCAUGUAGUUUUCAUCAAUGGAGCCCAAAAUAGCCAAUGAAAUCGCGCUAAAGAGACAACUAUUAUCAUCUGGAACGACUCUUAGGGUUAACCAACCGUCACCACUGUUCAACUGCACAGAAUGACCAUCAACGGAUUUAUUUUUUGGUUUAGGAGGAGUAAUAUGAUUUAUAGUAUUUGAAGCUUCUACUGUAGUUGUAUUUGACGCGUUAUUAUCAAUAUGAUUUAAUAUCAACUGUUCGCCGUUACGUAAUCCAUGUUGGGUGGCCAAAUUAGUGUAAUCGUCUUGUGAGAAGCUGAAAUGUCUAGGCGGAUAGCCAAUCCUAAGGUCUUGGUUUGCGAUUGGUAUCUUAGAGACUUCUGCUAUCAAUUCUAACAAAUCUAUUAAACUAGCGGAUGCAGGAAUAGUCAGCGUCUUCAAACCAUCAGAACACCGCAAUCUAAAUCUGAUUAUUUCGCUCGUCAUUUCUUGAUCUUCGACGUCGAUGAAAUAGUUGGAUGUUGUAUAAUAGCAGAUCUAAAUCAGUGAUAAAUUUAAUACGCACAAGACAAUUGAAGCGCUUGAAUUAUGGUAUGCGCUUUGUGCACGCACGCUCAAUCUCUUUCUCCAGUUUUCCCAGGUUCAUAGGUAGAGCACUUAGAGUACCAAUCGCAGGGGUUACUGUUGGUGGCGGUACAUUUGCGUACGCUAACUACAAAUUUGAAGAAUUACGAAAUAAAACUGCAGGCGUUUUUGGGGAUAUCACAGACGGAUUAUUCGACGCUUGGUCGAAUGUACAAGAUACCUUGCCUACUAGUGAGACUAUCGGCGAACGUAAAGAGCGUUUCAGGGAGUGGCUCUCUACUUUCAACAAACAAACAGAGAAUGAUAACGAUAACAAUAAUGAUAAUGAUAAGGACAUAGCGAAGUCUAUUAUAGCAUCUGUUGCAGUUGGUGCUUCACUUGACAGUAAUGACAAUAAUAAUAACAAUCAACAACCAAAUUUAUUGAUGAAUUUAACGAGAAAGUUGAUAGAAAUACGCUCCAUUUUACUCUCUAUUGACCAGACAGACAACUUGAAACUACCGUCAAUCGUUGUAAUCGGUUCACAAAGUUCAGGCAAAUCGAGUGUCUUGGAGGCUAUUGUCGGACAUGAGUUCCUUCCUAAAGGAAACAAUAUGGUCACUAGAAGACCAAUAGAGUUGACUUUAAUACAUACUCCGGAUAGUAACAAAGAGUAUGGUGAAUUUCCUUCACUUAGUUCUUAUGGCAAAUUAGAAGAUUUUGGCGCAAUUCAGAAGAUACUCACCGAUUUGAACUUAUCAGUACCUUCUAGUGAAUGUGUUAGUGAUAAACCUAUCGACUUACGUAUUUAUAGUCCACAUGUACCCGAUUUAACCUUGAUUGAUCUCCCUGGAUAUGUUCAAAUUGCAGGAUUAGAUCAACCAGACAACCUACGUGAACAAAUAAGCAAUUUAUGUGAAAAGUACAUAAAAACACCAAAUAUUAUACUAGCUGUCUGUGCAGCAGAUGUGGAUUUAGCUAAUAGUCCUGCAUUAAGAGCCAGUAGAAGGGUUGAUCCAUUAGGUUUAAGAACUGUUGGUGUUAUCACUAAAAUGGAUAUGGUCACACCAAACGAAGGUUCAGCAAUUUUAAGUAAUAAGCGCUAUCCAUUACAUCUCGGUUACGUUGGUGUCGUAUGUAAAGCACCAAAGAGAGGUAUAAUUGAUAGACUUAGUGAUAAUGAUCCGAACAUGACCGGUGCAAUUAUGAAACGUGAAGAGAAUUACUUCCAAAAUAACAAAGAGUUGUUCAAUAAACCUGGUUUACUUAUUGGUACAGACACCUUACGUAAGAAAUUGAUGGAGGUUUUGGAGAAUUCAAUGAGUAGUUGCUUGAAUAACAUCACCAAUGCUGUUCAAAUUGAACAAGAGGAGGCAGCAUAUCAAUUCAAAGUACAGUACAAUGAUAGAAGAGUUUCACCAGAGAGUUACGUUGCAGAAGUUAUUGAUAAUUUGAAAGCCAAAUUGAGAGACUUCCAAGGCGAAUUCAGUAAGCCUCAAGUAAGAGAGAAGUUGGAAAGCAUGUUGGAUGACAGAGUUAUGAACAUACUCGAACAAUUAUACUGGAAUGACGUAAAAUUGAACGACUUGGGUAAAAACAAUAUUGAAUCAGACCACGAUAACUACUGGGCCUAUAAGUUAGAUACCGCCAGAUCUUUAUUAACGAAGAGCGGGAUUGGUAGAGAUUCAACUAGUCUGGUUGCAGAUGGAAUCAGAAAUUUAAUUGAAGCACUCACAGAUGGACCACCAUUCUCGCACCAUAAUAACGCAGCUGAAAGAAUAAUAGAACUGUCUCAUGAUAUUCUACGCGAUAAAUUGUCGAUUACAUCAGAUCAAGUGGAAAAUGCUUUGAAGCCAUUUAAGUUUGAAGUAGAUGUAGAGGAUAAGGAAUGGAACAAAGGGCGUAGACACGUUCUUUCGGCGUUAGAAGGUGAACAGAAGGAAUGUGAUGCAAAACUGUCCGAGAUUAGAAAACGUGUUGGUGGUUACCGGAAGUUGAACAAUAUAAUAAGUUAUCUGAAGUCACUAGAUGAGCGGAAAUUAAACCAAGAAGCUGAGAUUGAAAAUGAUGGUGUCAACAAUAAUGAACCAGCUUGGAAGUUGGCUUAUAAUCCAGCACAUCUCAUUGAAGCUCGACAAGCUAUGAAGUUGAGUGAAAGAUUGGCCAUUCUCAAAUUGAGAAUGUCUACCUUGCGUUCUUCAAAGUGUAAGUUCGGUAAUGGAGACAAUACUAAGGUAGAAACAAUAUGUCCUGAGGCAUUCCUGACCGUUGUCUCUGAGAAGUUGGCGUACACUUCGUCAUUGUUCUUGCAGAUUGAACUAUUACAAUCAUUCUUUGACCAGUUCCCUCGUGAAAUUGACUCUAGGUUGAUGUAUGACCUCGACAGGAAUGCAAUAAACAAAUUCGCACGUGAGAAUCCAACGAUACGUUCACAUUUGGAUCUUCAGGAGCGGAAAGAUAAGCUAGAAGAUGUUCUGAAACGACUAGAGAGUUUAUUACAUUUAAAGGAGCAAGACAAACCUAAAGCACGUAGAUUUAGUCUAUUUUAAUUUGUAUUUAUUUUUUAUAUACGUUAAUCACCUCUUGGCG